AGUUUUCAGGCAGUGUUCAAUUGGGAAUUGGAAGCUUCCAAAUGAUAAACUGGUUUUUCGGCUGUUUUACGGGUCUGUUUAUCUUUAUGAUUGCUUUUAGAUGACUAUCAUAAAACGAUAUAACAUACUACAACGCUGAUUAAAUUAUACAUGAUUUGAUACGCUUAUAUUUUGGAGGAUUUCUAUCUCUUCAGCACCAACAGAUCAAAUAUGGCUCGUGUGGUAGAUAUUUGGUAUUGUCAAAUUUGCUCAAAAGCCAACGACAUCGAUACUACAUGUUGCUAUUUCUGUGGUGGUUCCCAGAAAUCCCUGGAAUGCAUCUGGAAGUGUGGCAAUUGCGAACUUUUAAACAGUAAUGAAUUGACAUGCGAUUCAUGUCAUGCCAUCAAACCAAACGCAAAUACAAAUAAGUGGGCUUGUUCGAAGUGUACCUUUCACAAUGAUGUUAAACAUCAUAAGUGUUUUAUAUGCGAAACGUCUGCUAUUAAUAACUAUUCACCAUCAGGUUCCAAAUCCUUGGCAAUCAGAAAAAUACUGCCUUGCUAUGACAAGACAAAGGACCUGACCUGUUCUCAGUGUAAUGGAAGAAGUCCUUAUUUUGCUACGAACUGUGAUAUAUGUGGAGCUAGCAAAAGUGAAUUGUAUGUCAAGAAAGAAACAAUAAGUAUAGGUGUGAACUGGGAAGCAGAUUCUCGAAAUGUAGAGACUUGUUCUGUAUGCACAGCACAGUACAAAGCGAAUGUUCUCAAAUGCCCUAUUUGCUUAACUAGAAAGAAUUCCACAAACACGAUGGCUGAAUUAAUAUCAGACUCUGACGUUAGCACAUCAGUUGAACAACAACGAGAAGAAGACGAACAAGAGUCUAGAGAAAUUUUAAAUCGAAUAAUUAAAACAUGUCGCAACUUUAGAGACCCUUUCACUGACGCUUCAUUCUAUCCUGGAGCAAAAUCUUUAUAUAUUUCAGGGGUGUAUUCAGGACCUCAGAAGGAAGAUCCGGCAAAACAAUGGCUUAGACCUUCAAGAGUGAUGAAAGAAUCAGAUCAAAGAUGGACAGUUUUUCAACCUAAUAAAAUAGCAUCGGCCUCAGAUAUAAUUCAAGGCUAUUUAGGGAAUUGCUGGUUUCUCAGUGCUUUAGCAGUUGUCACGGAAUAUAAUCAAUUAAUAAAAAACAUCAUGAUUAGUCAAGAAUUUUGUCCCGAGGGAGUUUAUCAAGUAAGAUUGUUUAUCCAGGGCAAGUGGACAACAGUAGUAAUUGACGAUCUCUUGCCGUGUGACGAAAAUGGAAGAUUACUGUAUAGUCAAGCGAAAGCAAAGCAAUUGUGGGUACCUUUAAUAGAGAAAGCCACAGCGAAGGCUUUCGGAUGCUACGAAGCCCUUGUUAACGGGAGAUGCUUGCAAGGUUUGUCAACCUUAACAGGAUUUCCUUGCUGGUCAAUUAGUUUGCAAAAUGAAAAUUCAGGUGGUGUAGAAACCGAGGUUGACAGGGGGUUAGUUUGGGCAACUCUUCUUAGUGCCAAAGAUCAAGGGUACUUAAUGGGAGCUUCUUGCGGAGGUCGUAAUAUGAAUCUGAGAGAUGAAGAAUAUGACACAGUGGGUCUUCGACCUCGACAUGCUUACUCUGUUUUAGAUGUAGAAGAGGUAAAGACAUUCAAUGUAAACUCAUCAGUUCGAUUAUUGAAAUUGCGUAAUCCGUGGGGACGCUUCGAAUGGAAUGGUGACUGGUCAAGAAAUUCCCCACUAUGGAAUGGAGUUUAUGAACAUUCAACACUCAAUAAAGGUUUUCAACAAGGAGAAUUUUGCAUAUCUCAAGAAGAUUUUAUGAAGUAUUUUGACUCUGUCGAUAUUUGCAAAUAUAUGCCUAAUCACAACUCCGAAACUGUCGGUUAUAACAUUGUAAAAAAUACCUGUUCAACAACGGAAAUUCAUUUAUGCACCCUAACUGUUGAAGAAUCAACUGAUGUUGAUCUUACUAUUUUCCCAUGCGAUAGAGCGCCAGGGGAGAAAGACUCAAGGGAUCUUUGUAUUAUAAUUAUUGAGAGAAUUUCGGCAAAUAAAGUUAAAUUUAAAUCAGCAGUCAAGUCCUCGAAAAGAAAAAUUUCGCCGUUUGUUCAUUGUGAUGCAAAUUUGAAGCCUGGAAGUUAUUUUGUGCUGUGCUGCAGUUUUAAUCGGUGGAAUUCAAAUGCCAGAGAUUCGCAUAUAGAGGGAAGGCUUUCCUGUUUUUUUUCGAGACGAGCUAGAUUAUGUUGCCUAAAAGUACCGAAUGCAGAAGGAAUUCUAGCUGAUGCAUUGAUUCAAAUGAUUUUAGAAAAGUAUAGGAGCGGCGAUUGCAACAGAAAGCAGAUUAUUAAAAAUAGUGUACAUGCUUAUUACGUUUCAAAAAAUUGGUCUGGCAUCAUCGUAAUGGUCGAAAAUAAAUCGGAGAAUAAUAUUUGUGUGGUAUGUGACUCGAAAGAGAGCACUAAUGUCACCACUACUAGAAGUGACUUUAAAACACAAGAUGUCAUUCCUUCAAAUCAUAGGCAAAUAAUUCAAAUACUAUCUCAAGUUGAAAUAUCCAAGAAAUUUACAAUCCAUCAUGUUCUUCAAACCUCAAAGGCUGACAAAGAAAUCCAUGAUCCACCUCUAGUUGAAUCAGUCUCAGGAUUACAUUGUCCACGACCAAUAACAUUUUAA